AUGUAUUCAACCACAACUUUGGAGUACAACCGACAAUUUCUUGCUUUAGAAGGAAAGAUGGAUCCAAUCAUAUCCAGAACAUCUAAACUCUUCAUUCAUCCGAGUGAAGUCCAGCCCGAUGGGAAGCUUAAACCUUUAACUCAGGCUGAGGAAGUUCUAAAUUGGCAAUCUGAAAACAUGGUUUCUCUAAAUGAAAUUCUUCAAAACCUUGACAAAAAGGUAGAUAAGAUUGCUGAAAAAAUAGACGAAACAGAUGAAGAUCUCAAGGUUUUAUCCUAA